UUCCAGAUCUCUGUCGCAUCAAAGUAAUAACUGAAAGAUAAAAAAAUCCCAAAUGGAGAACUCAACAUAUUCCAAUGCCUCCUCUGGCAAUGUGUCAGACGUCAACCUCCCAGAGAGCCCCUACAAGACAGUGGAGAUAGUUUUCAUUGUCCUCGUAGCCGCGUCACUGAGUCUGGUCACCGUCAUUGGCAACAUCUUGGUUAUGGUUUCCAUCAAGGUCAACAGGAACCUACAGACUAUCAACAACUAUUUCCUCUUUAGUUUGGCAUGUGCAGACCUUAUCAUUGGGAUCUGCUCCAUGAAUCUGUACACAGUCUACACCGUGAUUGGCUACUGGCCACUGGGGCCUGUGGUCUGUGAUCUGUGGUUGGCCCUGGACUAUGUGGUCAGCAAUGCAUCAGUGAUGAAUCUCCUCAUCAUCAGUUUUGAUCGUUACUUCUGUGUCACCAAGCCACUCAGCUACCCCGUAAAGAGGACCAACAAAAUGGCAGGCAUGAUGAUUGCUGCUGCAUGGGUCCUGUCUUUUAUCCUCUGGGCCCCAGCCAUCCUCUUCUGGCAGUUCAUUGUUGGGGGACGGACCGUGCCUGAGAGAGAGUGCUACAUCCAGUUUUUCUCCAAUGCAGCGGUCACCUUUGGGACGGCCAUUGCAGCUUUCUACCUGCCUGUCAUGAUCAUGAUGGUUCUCUACUGGCAGAUCUCUAGGGCCAGCAAGAGCCGCAUCAAGAAGGAUCAUAGGAAACCCUUGGCCAACAAGGAGACCGUCUCUACUAGCCUAGUGCAAAGUCAAAUCCCCAAACCCAGCAACAACAACUUGAGUGCAGAGGAAGCAGGCGCCUUAAAUCCGAACCAGAGCCAGCAUCUCCUAAACCAGGACCAGGGCAAGUUACAGAAUGGCAAGGCUCCAUCCUCUGCUGGGGAAGGAGAAGGUGAGGAAGGCGGGAUAGAGAACUGUGGCCAAGCAGAAGAGAAGGAGAGCUCCAAUGACUCCACUUCUAUCAGCGCUGUGGCUUCCAACCUGAAGGAAGAGGAGAUGGCGGGUGCCAGCAAAGAGCCACCAACCAUCCCCAGCCAGCCUCCUCUUCAUCAUCAGGCAAAGGCAGAGGGCUCCAAACUCAUUUGCAUCAAAAUCAUCACAAAUUCCCCCAAGGAUACCACCUCCAGCACUACAACAGAAAUUGUCCCUGGCGCUGAGAAUCAGAACAUAGUAGCUCGCAAGAUCAUCAAGAUGACUAAGCAGCCUCCCAAGAAAAAGAAGGCACCCCCAUCUCGAGAAAAAAAGGUCACUAGGACCAUCCUGGCUAUUCUACUGGCUUUUAUUGUGACCUGGACACCCUACAAUGUCAUGGUGCUCAUCAAUACCUUCUGCUCCAGCUGUAUACCCAACACUGUCUGGACUAUUGGCUACUGGCUGUGCUAUAUCAAUAGCACCAUAAACCCAGCCUGCUAUGCGCUCUGCAAUGCCACCUUUAAAAAGACUUUUAAGCACCUUCUCCUCUGCCAGUACAAGAAUAUUGGGGCUGCCAGAUAGGAACUGAAUAUGUUCUGAGGAGUGUUCAUUUAAUAUUUUUUUUUUUUGUGAAAAGAACCCUGUCAUAGUACUUUAUAGAAACACAAGCCAGAAGGCUAAGUGGAUAGAGCCUGUUUUAUGUAUUGAAGAGAACUGGUAGACAUUGGUAUUUGGAUCUGUGAUUGGACACACACACACA